AUGCGCGACUGCACCAUGAACACAGCAAAAAGAGAGUGGAGAGUUUGGACUCUAGGUUUGCUGUUUCAUUUUGGGUUUUGGUGGAGAAACCUUGCAGUAACCAUUUUAUGUGGACUUCUGCUCCACAUUGAUGCUGAAAAUAAUUAUGCCACUACUUCAUUGUUUCUCACUGACACUCGUAAGGCUGUGAACCACUCAAACGACUUUCACUCAUUUCUGUUUUGUAUCACUUACAGAAUUCAUUUUUGUCUGAUUUGUUCAGGUAAGAUUCACAUCCAGGUGCAUGGAGACACUGGCCACACAUCAGCGUUCCUUUCACCUUUUAAGGUUCCUCUUCAUCAGUGGUGUCGUCAUAGCCUGGAGAUUCUGGGGCGUGUGGUGAAAAGUUCUAUUGCAUGUAUGGAAGGACAGCAGAAAUUUGUUAGCACAGCUGAGCACAUAUUUGGCAAGAAUGUCAUGUUGGAUGACACACAUGGCUAUUUUGUGAUUGGUGGAGGUAAAUUCAUACGAGGCAUUGGAGGAUAUUAUGGACCAGCUACAUACUAUCAUAUACAGGGGCUCCCAGCUGAUCAGGUAGGAUACGGU